GGUACAGUCAUCCCUCUGCCCGUUCGGCGGGACUGAUGGCCGGAGAGAUGACGAUCUUAGGUUCAGCUGUUUUGACUCUCCUGUUGGCUGGCUACUUGGCACAACAGUAUUUACCAUUGCCUACGCCAAAAGUGAUUGGCAUUGACCUGGGUACCACCUAUUGCUCUGUUGGUGUGUUUUUUCCUGGAACAGGAAAAGUUAAGGUGAUUCCAGAUGAAAAUGGGCAUAUCAGCAUACCCAGCAUGGUGUCCUUCACUGAUGGUGACGUAUAUGUGGGAUAUGAAAGCCUAGAGCUAGCAGAUUCAAAUCCUCAGAACACAAUAUAUGAUGCUAAAAGAUUCAUAGGUAAGAUUUUCACCCCGGAAGAGUUGGAGGCUGAAACUGGCAGAUACCCAUUUAAGGUUUUACACAGAAAUGGGAUGGCUGAGUUUUCUGUGACAAGUAACGAAACCAUCAUCGUUUCUCCCGAAUAUGUUGGCUCUCGGUUGUUGCUGAAACUAAAGGAAAUGGCGGAGGAAUACCUCGGAAUGCCAGUUGCCAAUGCUGUCAUUUCUGUACCAGCAGAAUUUGACCUACAGCAAAGAAAUUCAACCAUCCAAGCUGCCAACCUUGCCGGACUGAAGAUCUUAAGAGUGAUAAAUGAGCCGACAGCAGCAGCCAUGGCCUAUGGCCUCCACAAGGUUGAUGUUUUCUACGUGUUGGUCAUAGACUUGGGUGGAGGAACUCUUGAUGUAUCAUUACUGAAUAAACAAGGAGGGAUGUUUCUAACACGAGCAAUGUCUGGAAACAACAAGCUUGGAGGACAAGACUUCAAUCAGAGGCUGCUUCAGUAUUUAUAUAAACAGAUUUAUCAAACAUAUGGCUUUCUCCCUUCCAGGAAAGAGGAGAUCCACAGAUUAAGACAAGCUGUGGAAAUGGUCAAAUUAAAUUUGACCCUUCAUCAGUCUGCCCAGGUAUCAGUUUUACUCACUGUCGAGGAAAAGGACAACCAGAAACCUCAGAAUGGUGACUCUACGCUGCCAAAAGACCAGCUUACCCCAGGGGAUGGUCACCAUGGGAACAGAGUGUUUAGACCUGGCCUUUCUGAAAGCAAGAGUGGGAAAAAUCAGGUUUUAUUUGAGACGGAAAUAUCCCGAAAGCUCUUUGAUACCCUCAAUGAAGAUCUCUUUCAGAAAAUCCUCGUGCCCAUUCAGCAAGUAUUAAAAGAAGGCCACUUAGACAAGACUGAGAUUGAUGAGGUGGUCCUAGUUGGGGGCUCUACUCGUAUUCCUCGGAUCCGCCAGGUCAUUCAAGAGUUCUUUGGAAAAGAUCCCAACACAUCCGUAGACCCUGACUUGGCAGUGGUGACAGGAGUGGCCAUCCAAGCUGGGAUUGAUGGAGGCUCUUGGCCUCUCCAAGUUAGUGCUUUAGAAAUUCCAAAUAAGCAUUUACAGAAAACCAAUUUCAACUGAACUCUGAGGGAGUGCCUGUAACUGUGAUCUUGUCUAGUGAUUUUGUUGAUCUCCAUUGUAAAGCCUCCUCCAGAAAAGAAGUACAUGAAGUCACUCACAGAUUCCCCUGAGGACAUUUAUACAGGAAAAUUUUACAUAGUGUUUCAUUUUAGAACUGAGUAUGACCAGAUGGAUCCUGUUUGGGUUUGGGAAAGUCUCAUAGUAUUUCUAAAGUGGCAGAGUUGAGGUAGAACUCUGCUCUGACUUCUGAGAAGUGGGUAACCAUCCGCACUUAGUAUUCUGGAAACAUUAAAUAGUGCCAACUAUAAGGCCCCAAUUCUUACUGAAUUUUAUUAGUAGGGGCUGAUAAUUCUUGACUUGGGUAUCACAUUUAACUAUUAAUUUGGUCAAUACUUGAAGGACUGUUGAUGCCAGGUAUUUACAUUGCCUUGGAGAUAGCAGUAUUAUCAGACUGCAUACGUAGUAUUCAUAACUGCCAUAUAAAUUGUACUUUCAGAAAUCCACUCUUUUUACAUCUUAUAUUCUACAGAGUUUAAUAUAUUUAAAAGACCAGUUUUUCUUCCUAGGAUAGCUAAAGAUUUACUCAGAUUUUUUCUGCCAAAUAGUAAAAAUGCCCAGUUUAUACUGUAAGUUCUGUUAUCUUCAGGGCACCAUUCUCUGCUUGUAUUUUCACAGUUCUGCUUGGUAAGAAAACAGUAGAAAGGUAUCAUUUACGCCUUCAGAAUGUUAAUGUCUCAAUCAAGCUGCAUUACUCAACAAGUAUUUGCUGUCCAAGACCUUUGCAUAGAUGAAAUAUUUGUAGCAAUUGUUUGGUUUCUGUUUUGUUUCCUUUUGUCCACGGGGCCAAACCUAGAAGUGCAAAGACUAUAAUCUAACUACUCUCGAAACUGAGGCAAGGGGCUCACAACACGUUCAAGGCCUGUCUGGGCUAUCCAGGAAGUGCUAGGCCAGCCUAGGCAACCUAAUGAAACUCUGUCCCUAUCUCAAAAUAAAAAGUAAUGGGGCCUAGGGGAUGAGGAUAAGCCAGAUGACCAUAGGGACCAGUAAUUUGACUUUAUGAUGGCCAUGUUAUUGGAAGAUAUAUAUCAUUCUUUCUUUCUUUCUUUCUUUCUUUCUUUCUUUCUUUCUUUCUUUCUUUUUUUUUUUUGCUUUAAUGAAGCAUUCACAUGCAAGAAUUAUAUCUUGGCUGUCUUAUUCAUAUAAAGUGUAUCCUGUUUAUCAGUGUAUAACUAAGGAGAACUAAGAAAAUUUCAGUAAGAUCAAGCACUUCAGCUUCCCAUAGUAUAAUGCUGAAAGGUAUUAGUUUUUGCAGCUUUAUUAAAAAAAAAAAUGCUGAGUAGUGAAGUUGCUGUUAAAUAUCAAUCAUUUUCAUGUACCGAAAGUGUGGGCAUUACGUAGACAGAAAAACAAAACAUUGUGCUUUGUUUUAGAACUAAUGGAGAAAUGCCAAAGACAAACCCUUCGCAGCAUUCUAAAAAUAUUCAAGACUGUGAAUCUUUGAUUAUUAGAUUGAAAAAUGUCUGUGAACAUGUUUGAGACUUGAGUAGUCAAGUUACCCCACAGACUUCACAUGUGCUUUCAGCUUUCACAUAAGCAGUGUAGGGCUAUAAACAGCAGACUUGAGCCUCUCGGAUAUUUGAAGGGACUCAAGACACUAACAGACCUUUCGCAAGAAGGAGCAGAUAAAUAAUACUAAAAUGGGAAGGUAAAUGAUUUUUGUGAAAAACAGCACAAUAGUGUUGUGGGUAAGUAGGUAGCACACUCUUCUCUAGUAUAGUUGCAAUGUUGAAGAAAUGAAGGGAAUUGUCAAUCACAUGUUAGAGAGUUAUACUAAUCUUGAUGUAGUUUAUUUAAAAGGUACAAAUGCAUCCUGAAAGGGGCCAUUUGUUAAAAUCUGAUAUCAUUUUUUCAUAAAGUGAACUUUUAGUUGUACAUUUGGCUAGGUUUUUUUUGAAGUAUGUAACUUUAAAAAUACUAAGUAAUAAGUAAUUUAUUUUGUAUCAAUAUUUUGGUACUAGGUUUUCACUCAAACCACUCAACAGAUACCACUGUGUAUAAUAUGAAUCCAAUAUGACAGUUACUGUAUACAACAGAUUGUGCCUCUUAAAUAUGUGUGUACAGAUAAUUCAUAUUUUGCUGUAAACUCAUUAUUUUGCAGUUUUAUUUUUAAAUUGUUUACUUUAUUUUCCACUAAUGGCUAGGUUGAGGUAUAUUUUUAAUGUAUAUAAAUACAAAAGAAGAUAGAGCUGCUGUGAUGCUUUCAGACAACUCAGUAGCAAAUGGUUUAAUUGCAGAAAUGUCACAUAUUCCUGCAUCCUAUCUGUCUCCUGAGAUUUCUGCUGUAUUUUCUGCAGUUUUAAUUUAGAAGAGCUAGUUCUUAUGUGAACAGUUUCCUUAGAACUUUGAUUUAAAAGCCUUGGCUUCUAACUAGUGGAGUCAAAUGCUGACUUGAUCCACACAGCUAACAAUCUUCGUACCAUCAAACUGUAAUCUUUCAGUUGACAGCUAAUACUUCAUAAUUUUCUAAUAAAGUUUGUGUUAUUCUUUUGGACAAAAA